AUGAGCGGGACCUCGCUGGCUGCGCCGCCGCCCUUCGGGCCGGGCCCCGCGCCGCACGACGCGCCGGGCCUCGACUUCUGGACCUACCAGCCUCCGCCGCCGCCGCCGCCGCCCCCGCAGGAGCUGCACGACCACCAUCUCCGCUUCCAGCAGCACUACGCGCCCGGCUACUACGCGCCGACGCACUACCCCGCGCACGCGCCGCACCUCGAGGUGGACGUGGGAGUGACGGCGGCCGUCGAUCAAGGUCACGGCUUCCACAGAUACCACGAGUCGACACCAGGCGGGGGCGAUUUUGAAGGCGCGGUCACCCUCGUCUCGGAGGCUCCGUGGCACCACCCCAGCCCCGAAGGAGCCGAACCGGUUUUCUCGCCCCAACCCACCCCUCCGCCGCCGCCGCCUCCACAGGCCAACACUCCGCAACUUUCUCCUCCGGCCCCAGACAAUUCCUCGCCUGUUCCCGCCCCUCCUGCCACCACCGCCCCCACCACCAACGCUGCCAGCGCCCCGUACUACCCAUGGAUGAGGUACUCAGGAGAACAACGUGAUGGUACCACGGGCUCCAAACGUACCCGCCAGACGUACACCCGCUACCAGACGCUGGAGCUGGAGAAGGAGUUCCACUUCAACCGCUACCUGACGCGGCGGCGGCGCAUCGAGAUCGCGCACGCGCUCUGCCUCACCGAGCGCCAAAUCAAGAUCUGGUUCCAGAACCGCCGCAUGAAGGCAAAGAAGGAAAUGCCACUUGUAGCAUCCGUUGCCUCUCCGGGAAAGAUAUCGCACUCCACUCCGUCGCCCCUCACGGAGACGUUCGGGCGGCUCGAUCUGCAAGCUGCGUCGUGAGAAACUGCAUGUGCCCACCAGUAACUGCCACAAAAUUCCUGCAAAGUAAGUAUUUGCUCCUCGCAUUUACGUCUUACGUUUCUGAUUAGUUCUUCGAUCCUGUUCCUAUUUACUUCAGUCGCGUCGUUUUAAUCGUUUCCGUCGGUAGCUGUUAUUCGCUAUGAUUUUCCUCUUUAUCUGGAUGUAUCUUUCCUUUUGCUUUAC